AUUGACAGAAACACAUAAAAUGAAGGUAUUUAACAGAUCAGUUCUAUAGAAAAUCCACAGUUCACUCGCAAUCGUGCUAGUAAAGAAUGGCGAUGAAGGUUUUGCUAAGUUGCACAAUAAUUUGCUGUCUUCAAAUCAUCUCGCAGAUUGACGCUGCUUCUUUGGACAGUUGUAAAAGCGUAUUUGGACCCUCUGUUAAAAAGCAUCUAUGCGGAGCAAACAGUUACCAGAGUAUUAACGGAGCUGAUUUGGAUAAAACAUUGGACUGUGUUCUGAAAGCGACUAAUAUUGUUGACAAAACAGGCGCGGGAAAUUUCUACAGCCUGUAUGAUCCAAUGCAAGUUUAUUUGAAAGAUGGCAGAACGCUCAAUUUCAACCUGGAAUCUUGCAUGACAAGACGAUUGAAGUACGAGCUUCCCGAAGGCGAACGUGCGCAUGGUUUUUACAAGUGUGUGAUGCAGAACGAGGCAAGGGAUGCCUUCAAAAAAGUGUUCAAUCAAAGAGUGUGCCAAUAACGACGGAUCGUAUAAGGACACAUACAGUAUUGAAAGUAAUAAAGAAAUCAUGCAUGCAUAAUA